AAUAAGAACUAAAAGAAAACUUUUAAUUUUCUCAAUGGAUUGUGCAGUCAUAAAUGAAUUGUGUUGAAGAAAGUAUCGAAAAAUAAUGUUUUUCCUAACUAUAAAAUUGUGAUUCAUUCCAUUUAUCGACAAAGAGCGUCCAACGCAUAUAUGCAUCAAGUAAUUGAUCACUUUCGUAGCGAUUUUACCUUGUAUUUGCUGAAUGAAGAAUUAACAGUGAAAGUGCAGAAAAUCCUUCUUUUCCAGCUAUCUAUUUAUAGAUGAGUCAACAAUUAGAAGAGAGUCCAGUGUCGGACAACAAAAUGGACAUAUCGGAGACCACAACAUCUCAGGAUUCACCUCCGGGAUUUGCAUCGGAUGUAGAGGAAUGUACAGGAAAUGCUACUGAAAUAAUUGGAGCUAGAGCAGUUUCCUGCGAACAAAUAAUUUACCCAACCAAUGAUAAAAUAUCGAACGAAUACAAUGACAAUCCAAACAUAACUACAGUUGCUCCAAAGUCGGAACAACGCAAUCCUACAAGUGGACUGACACCUGUCAGUAACCACCCGCUAAUGCUGGCGUCUCCAACCGGAAGCGAUUCAGAUAUUUCCGAAAUAACUAACUCAAACAGAAAUCAUGACAAACCUCAAAAACAUAACUAUUAUCAUUUUCCUGAUGUAGUUCCGGUGAGCGAGUUGCCUCCCCUUCGUCUAGCAAACCCACAUCCGAAACAGAAACAACUUACAGGAACGGGUCAGACUACUGGAACUGCCAGGCGCCUGACAAGCUCCAACACUAACGCUUCAUCUCGGAGACCAACUUCCACCCUCGAUGUAAUAAACAAUAUAGAUAACACUAAUGACUUGAAAAAGUCUAGUUUGUUGAGGGAUUCUAGUCCGGACUUUUUAAGCAGUGGAUCAGAACCAGAACUUUCAUUGUUCCACGCCUCAGUAGGUCCUGCAUUUCAAUCGGUUGCUUUGGGGCAAUCACAGUCCAACUCUCAACUACAGCAGAAUUUACACCAUAAAUCGAUCUCACCACGGUUACAUCAGCGCCGCAAGCUCACUUUGCAUGGAGAUUUGAUGGUUGACGAUAUCAGUUCGCUUGAGGAGACCGUCUCUAAUCACAGUGUUGAUGAUCUUCAGCAAAAUCUUGUGUCGCUUAGUCCAUCGUCAUCAAUUUUGGACGACAAUGGAUUCAACGUAGAAAUUGAUGAAGAUUUCCUAGACGUACCAGGAACGCCGAAGAAUGAUGCUGGUGGUAGUGCCUCCUUACCGCAAUAUUCUGCACGUGACGAAGCACGAGAUAUAAGGAACUGGCAAAAAAUAACCUUACCAGAUGGAAAGACACACGAAAUCGAUAUGAAAGUGAUCGAGCCAUAUAAAUGUGUCCUCUCCCAUGGGGGCUAUUUACAAUCUGGUGGUCACAACGCAAUAGUAGUUUUUAGUGCAUGUCAUCUGCCAGAUCGUUCCCGUGCAGAUUACCACUAUGUUAUGAAUAAUUUGUUUUUGUAUGUGGUCAAGACAUUGGAACAAUUGGUGACUGAGGAUUACGUUUUGGUAUACUUACAUGGUGGUUCGAAUAGGAACAACGUUCCACCCUUCCCAUGGCUUAAAAAGUGUUAUCAACUUUUGGACCGUAGACUAAGAAAAAGUUUAAAAACUAUGUACAUGGUGCAUCCAACAUUUUGGCUCAAGUCUGUAGUGUGGAUGGCCCGUCCUUUUCUAAGUUCCAAGUUUUGGCGCAAACUCAUCUACGUGAAAACUCUUGAGGAGCUUUACAAUCUGGUUCCGGUUGAGCGUGCAGCAGUACCGGAUAAGGUGAAAAAUUAUGAUUCUCGCCAUUCCUAACUUGUAUCGUCAAGCGUUAGUUCAUCUUGUUCUACGGAUCUCAGUAACUGUUGUCGGAAUAGUAUACAGGACCUUCGUCUGGUUAAUCAAUGGAAUAGUUGUCACCCUCAAAAUAGACAUUGGCUUUAUUUCCGUAUAAAUAGCACCGGUCAUCACAGUAGCAGCUAACGCUUUCUUAAAUGAAGUACGUUUUCCUGUCCAUUAAUUUCCAUAUAAAAAUGAGAAUAAGUUCUAUGUACAAAAUGUACAAUAACGAGACCUAGUCAAAAUGAUAUCGUGUUUAUAGAAAAUAUCGUAUGUUAGAUUAAUGAGGAUUUAGAAAAGCAAAAGCAAUUUAAUUCAUCGAGAUGAUUGUUUACAUAAAAAUGAAUAUAUUAAAUAUAUUUUAACGAUAGUGUUUACCUGUAAUGUUUUGCUCGUUGACGCAAGGAUAACGCUAAAUCAAAUAUCUUGAAAUUAUUGUAUCAUAAUUCAGUAUUUUAAUUGCAUUUUGAAGGACAUAUUUUGUAUUAUUAGCUUAUUAUUAGCAACUUUCUUUUUUAAGGUUUAUUUGCGACACUCUACCUUGUUACAUUUAAAAAAAAACUAGGAGCAUUUUUCCACUUUUUUUUUAAUUUUUACUUUUUUCUCAACACUAGUUAAAAAAUUAAAUUACAUACUAGUAAAAAAAUAAUUUAAUUAUUCCUGUUUAAAGAAAGGCUUAUAUAGUACUUUAAGAUAAUUUACCUAACAUUUUAAUACAC